UAAAACUUGAUAAAUAUUCUGAAGCGUUUGAAAAUAAACUAGUGAAUGCAACAGAUGUGCCUGAUAUCCCACCAGUUGAGAGCAAUGAUUGUGGACUCCCAGCGUUACCAAUGUUUGCAAAGCCGGCGCCAUCGCGAUACAGAUCGGCCGAUAUUAGGACCCACUAUCCAAACGGCACUCAUAUGACUUACACAUGUGAGUCUUCCUAUCACUCUAUGUAUACGCAUACAAAGGGCAAGGUUUGCCUCAAUGGCCACUGGAAAGGGACGGCCGGCCGAUGCGAGAUAACAUACGGAGGAGCGGUAAGUCUGAUGGGUAUAUUAGCCACCGAUUACGGGACCGGCGAAGUAAUACGUGAGUGGUUUCGGCCGCAACCAAAUGCCACCAAUACUACGGACUCUAACCAAUACUAUUGGGGGGCGGCAUAUGGCGGGUGGCCUCAGACAGACUCGUGUGUCUCGUUCAACGUGACUGUUCAACAGAAAUGGCAGCUCCGGUUCAAUGAUACCCAACCGAUCACAUCGUUUUGGCUGCAACUCAAACCGGGCGGAAUG